UCUAGUCCCGGGAGAUUUUAGUCACUGGAUAUAUGGAAGGCAGCUAUAUUUCUUCAGGGAAUAUUUGUAGAGCGCCUGAGGAGGAAAGGAGAAUUUUGUCCGUCUGUGGGAGAUGUGGGGAAGGCUUUAAGGAUGUGGCUCCUCCCCUUAGCGGUAACGGGUUCCAAGCGGAACACCUGGUUUCUCCGGUCUUAGUGGUGGAGGGCAGGACUGCGGAGUGCUUUGGCUUGUGGAACUACAGUUCCCAAGAUGCUUUGCCACGCCCCCCGAGCAGUUUCCUCCACUUGCUUCCUGUCGUGUCUCAUGGGACUUGUAGUUCUUGAGAGGUUACCACGCGCCCUUCUUGUCCAGCUCCUUGUAUCCAGGCUCACCAUGCCUACGGCUGGUAACAAAAAGAAGGCUCCUACACCUCAGAUUUCUUCUUUAACAAGUGAAUCAUAUACACAGUUGGAUUUUUUACCUGAUAAACUUAGAGAAAAGCUGCUUCCAUUCCAGAAAGAUGGCAUCAUUUUUGCCCUCAGAAGAGAUGGCAGGUGUAUGGUGGCAGACGAAAUGGGGCUAGGGAAGACAAUCCAGGCAAUUGCAGUUGCUUACUUCUACAAAGAGGAAUGGCCUCUGCUGAUAGUCGUCCCUUCAUCUCUGAGGUACCCUUGGACAGAAGAACUAGAAAAAUGGAUCCCAGAACUAGAGCCACAGGAGAUCAAUAUCAUCAUGAACAAAACUGACAUUGGGAGAAUAUCAACCAGCAGAGUGACCGUCCUAGGCUAUGGUCUCCUAACCACAGACGCAGAGACUUUGAUAGGUGCACUGAACAGCCAGAACUUCAGAGUCGUGAUAGUGGAUGAAUCACACUACAUGAAGUCCAGAACUGCUGCCCGCAGCCAGAUUCUCCUGCCGCUGGUGCAGAAAGCCAAGCGAGCCAUUCUUCUUACGGGAACCCCCGCUCUGGGAAGGCCUGAGGAGCUUUUCAUGCAGAUUGAGGCUCUCUUCCCACAAAAAUUUGGAACUUGGAUCGAGUAUGCUAAAAGAUACUGCAAUGCACACGUCAGAUACUUUGGUAAAAGGCGCCAGUGGGAUUGCAGGGGGGCGUCAAACCUUGGCGAGCUUCACCAGCUGCUAAGUGACAUAAUGAUCAGAAGACUAAAGAGUGAAGUCCUAAGCCAGCUGCCCCCUAAAGUCAGACAGCGCAUUCCAUUCGACCUCCCGCCAGCAGCUGUCAAGGAACUAAAUGCCAGCUUUGAAGAAUGGCAAAAACUAAUGAGAGCUCCAAAUUCAGGUGCCGUGGAGACAGUUAUGGGGUUGAUAACGCGCAUGUUUAAACAGACUGCGAUUGCCAAG